AUGGCCAACCAGUCAACUCUCCGCCGCCCGGAGGACCCCCUCCUCGCCCUUUAUUUACACUAUUCCGAACUGUUUCGCUCUCGUGUGCGUCGUACCACGAAAACCACCCGUCUGAUAGCUACGGUCGCCCUACUUUUGUCUAUCAUCGGCUCAGGAUAUGGAGGAUUCAAGUGGCUGCGCGAACGCGCAAGGGACCGAGCCCAAGGCCGCCGACUGUUGCGUCGGAACUCAGGAAUACGUGGCAAGGAUGGCUCUCGAACGAUCUAUGUGCCCUACAAGGGCUCACGUACUUCCAAAGUCAUGAUCCAUCCCACCAAGAUGACCACGUUUGACGCCCAUCGACGACUCUUUUUAAACCCGCCGGCAUCAGCGCGGAGUAUUGAGGAAGGCUCGGCGAGCCAAAUCCCGCCGCCUACAACAAAGCCAGGCUUGAAUCUGGCAUUUCUGCACCAGUUCCUCAGCUUGGGGAGUAUCAUGGUUCCCAGGUGGGGAAGCAAAGAGACAGGAUUGUUAUUGGGCCAUGGCCUGUUUCUUCUACUACGAACAUAUCUCUCCCUACUGAUUGCACGGUUAGACGGUGAACUUGUCAGAGAUUUGGUCGCUGGCAAAGGCCGACCUUUUAUGUGGGGCAUUGUCAAGUGGUGUGGCAUCGGCACCCUUGCCUCCUACACCAAUGCAAUGAUCAAAUUCCUCCAGUCCAAGGUGUCGAUCGCCUUCCGGACCCGUCUCACAAGAUACAUUCACGACCUCUAUCUGACUGACAAUGACAACUAUUACAAGCUGAUGAAUCUGGACGGAGGUAUCGGGCAAGGCCCUGAUCAGUUCAUCACACAAGAUCUUACCCUUUUCUGCUCCGCCGCUGCUUCAUUGUACUCCUCCAUGGGCAAGCCUAUGGUGGAUCUCUUUGUGUUCAAUUAUCAAUUGUACCGGUCGCUUGGCCCACUGGCUCUGAGUGGGAUUCUCGCUGGCUACUUCAGCACGGCUGUAGUGCUUCGCAAGCUAUCCCCGCCGUUCGGCAAGCUCAAGGCUGUCGAGGGUAAAAAAGAGGGCGACUUCCGUGGCCUGCACUCCCGACUUCUGGCUAAUGCGGAAGAGAUCUCAUUCUAUGGCGGUGCCGAUAUUGAGAGAGUCUUCUUGGUCAAGAGCUUCAAGGAUCUGCAGCGCUGGAUGGAAGGUAUCUACAGCCUGAAGAUCCGGUAUAAUAUGUUGGAGGACAUUAUCUUGAAAUACUCCUGGUCUGCCUUUGGUUAUUUAAUCACUUCUUUGCCAAUCUUCCUUCCCGCCUGGGGUGGGUCAGGCGGUGCCAUGGAAAUGAUCGACGCACCCGAGAGCAUGGGCCGUGAACGAGGUCGUAUGAAGGAAUUUAUCACCAACAAGCGCCUUAUGUUAUCAUUGGCGGAUGCAGGCGGUCGCAUGAUGUACAGUAUCAAAGAUAUUUCCGAACUUGCAGGCUACACUUCACGUGUGUACACCCUCAUCUCAACUUUGCACCGCGUCCACGCCAGCGCAUACUAUCCGCCUCGAGGAUCAUACUCCGAGCUCUAUUCUCUCGCCGAUGCACAAGGCACCACACACAACGGCUUCGAUGGGGUUCGUCUGGAGCAGGUUCCUAUCGUGGCACCAUCGCUUUACCCCAUGGGUGGUGAUGAGCUAAUCGACUCACUGUCGUUCAUUGUUCAUUCUGGUGAUCAUCUUCUCAUUUCGGGACCUAAUGGCGUGGGCAAGUCCGCAAUUCCUCGUAUCGUCGCGGGCCUUUGGCCUAUUUAUCGUGGACUGGUAAGCCGCCCACGUAAAUUCGGCCUAGAUGGUAUUAUGUUCCUCCCACAGCGACCAUACCUAAGUGUUGGUACUCUGCGAGACCAGGUCAUUUACCCUCACACUGAGAUCGACAUGCACGAGGCCGGAGGGACCGAUGCAAACUUGCAGAAGAUUCUCGAUGCUGCGCACCUAGGCUACCUGCCAGCCCGUGAGGGUGGAUGGGAUGCUCGCAAGGAGUGGAAAGAUGUGUUGAGUGGUGGAGAGAAGCAGCGUAUGGGCAUGGCUCGGCUUUUCUACCAUGAGCCACGAUACGCCUUCCUCGAUGAAGGUACUUCCGCCGUCUCUUCUGAUGUAGAGGGCCUGCUGUAUGAACGUGCCAAGGAGCGCGGUAUCACUCUCAUCACCAUCUCCACUCGUGCAUCUCUGAAGAAAUACCACACCUUUAACCUGAGCCUUGGUCUUGGAGACGAAGGUGAGCGCUGGGAAUUUGAGAGAAUUGGCACUGAGAAGGAGAAGCUUGGUGUUGAGAAGGAGCUACAGGAGCUGCGCAAGCGUCUCGACAAGGUUGACGAAUGGAAACAGCGUCGCGAGGAUAUUGAGAAGGAGUUGUGUAAAGUUUGGACGGCAAAUGAUGGCGAAAUUGCACCCCCGCCAUAUCAGGAAGAGGAGCCUGUUUCAGAGGUUCUAGAGGCAGAGCCUACCAACUAA